AUGGACUCGUUGGAACGAACAUGGGACAGGUCGUAUUCAGAUUCCAAUUUGCUCGCUACGUUUUCUCCGAUGCCUAGUCCAGUUAUUAUUAGGCGAACCAUGUGCGUAGAGGAAAUCAUACCAAAUCUAAACUGCAAUAAAAUUCCGGGUUUUAAAUUUUCAACACUCAAUCAGUGGCAUUCUACUAGCAACAUUCACCAAAGUGAUAUCACUAAACAUUUGAAUGACGGGAUUUCAAGUUUAAACCUUUUGAGUGAUGAGAGUAUUGUAAGUAAGAAUUGCAAUAGUAAACCCUUUACUGUGGAAAACGAUUGUGUUCCCAUGGAGGUUGAUUCAUUUAAAGAAACUUCUCAAGAUUUAAAUGACCCCCAAAAUUCUGAAGAUUCAGGAAUUAAGGGAAACUUAAGGCUCAGGAAUCUUAAGACUGACUCACAUCCGAUUUUAACAAAUAUGGCAAUAGAACAAAGAAAAAAACAUUUCAAAAAUAUUUAUUUUACGGUACUAUUUGUGAUAGUACUUGUAGCAGCAUUCUCAUUCUGUUGUGGUUAUUUGACAAAUGUUAAUAUUUUCCAUGGCGAACCAAGGUACUUGAAUCUUGAGAAACUGGAAUCUGAGCUAAAACUUAAGGUCUAUUUGCAAAGAAGUGCAGUGAAUAUAAUUUUGAAAACCAUUGACAAUCAAACUGCAGGAGAGGGUAAAGUCAAAAUGUUGGCUUUUAUUGGUCCUCCAGGUGUAGGUAAAACUUUCGUUGCAAAUAUACUGAAAGCAAAUUUCUUAAGCAAAUGCGUCCAUGAAUUAUACAAUUCAGAUUUAAAUAACAAAGCCCUAAUCCAGAAUGUUUUGUCUGUUAUAAAUGUAAAUUGUUUUAAUUUGAUAGUAGUGGAUGAUUUGAGAAGACCCGAUACAGAUAAUUUGGUAAAAUUUGUACAAUUAAUAAGAGAUGAUUACAGUGUUCUGGUUAUAAGUGUGUUUUCCAAUAUCUUAGUUGACGAGAAUUUUAAUAGGAUUAUUCGAGCAGAUGAUAUUAUUGACAUUGCUGCAUACCUGCAAAAUUUUAAUAUAGAUCAACAAGUUGUUGUAUUUGACGAGUUCAGCAACGACCAGAUUGAAGAAUGGAUCAUGAAACAAUUAGACUUAAAUGAUGUUCCUACCAAAAUGCGACCUCAGAUAAUUGAAAAUGUAAUGAGGCGCCAUAAUUCCAAAUUUCUGGGUUUAAAAAGCUUACCUAGUAAAAUUUUUAUGGAAAUAAAAAAAAACUAGUCAAUAAUCAUUUACGACUGACAAAGUUUUCUACCAAAAAAUAAAUUUAUUUUUGUAUGUAUUGUUUUUUUGUAAAUAAAUUGUUGGGUGAU